CGGCCGAUUGGCUGUGGCCGGCCGGCCGGUAUCCGGGUAAGAUGGCCGCAGUCGGAGAGUGCUCGGUCCCCGUUCCGUGGAAAUCGGUGUCUCUCACGCACGUCGAGUACCCGGCAGGUGAUUUCACUGGCCAUCUCCUCGCCUACCUGAGCCUGAGUCCCAUCUUCAUCAUCGUGGGCUUCCUCACCCUCAUCGUCUUCAAGAGAGAGCUGCACACGAUCUCUUUCUUGGGUGGGCUCUGCUUCAACGAAGGUGUGAAUUGGUUAAUCAAGAACAUUAUCCAGGAACAGAGGCCUUGCCCAGAAGCCCACCCAUCCGUCUACUCGAAGUACGCCAUGCCUUCCAGCCAUUCCCAAUUUAUAUGGUUUUUCUCUGUCUAUUCGUUCCUCUUCCUUUAUUUAAGGAUGCACCAAACCAACAAUGCCAGGUUCCUGGACUUGCUGUGGAGACACGUGUUGUCCGUCUGCCUUUUAACCUUGGCUUGUCUAGUCUCAUGCAGCAGGGUUUACUUACUGUAUCACACCUGGAGCCAAGUUGUCUACGGAGGUUUCGUAGGCAGCUUCAUGGCUGCCCUGUGGUUCCUCUUCACCCAGGAAAUCCUAACGCCCUUGUUCCCGAGGAUAGCUGCCUGGCCGUUAUCCGAGUUUUUCCUAAUCCGAGACACCAGCCUCAUCCCCAACAUCUUAUGGUUCGAGUACGCGAUCAGCAGAGCAGAAGCCAGGAACCGGCAGCGUAAGCUGGGCACGAAGCUACAAUGAACGCCGACGUCUCCGGCAUCGGACUACGCAGUUCUGUAUCCCGGAACGGCUGGAACGGAGGCACCUGCCCGGGUCUUUUUGAGGACAUAGCAAGGCGGCUUUUACCAGGCGGAUCGACGACGUGAUCGGGCAGGGACCACCACCGAAGACCCCAGAGGCCUUUUCCAACGCGCUGGGUCAAUCCCGCUGCAUGCCGAAGUGCGCCCAACGAGCCGGAAACCAUUUACGUAUUGCAGGCGCGCAGCGUUAAGAACGGAUGCGACCCCGGGAUGCAAAUUCUUUGGGGGAUGGGGGGGACGGGGACACCCACAAGCACCGCUAAAUUGGAUGGGGGAAGGGGAGGAAGGCCGAAGCGGGGCCCUUGGGCCUAGUCCAUCCACUUCAGCCGAGCUUGCAUUCCGACUCCCAGGUUGCACCUGUGAGUAUUUAAGUUGGGGCCGGGAGGGGGGACCACGUACACCUUUGCGGGGGGGGGGGGGACAGGACACAACGCCCGAUACAGCUCUGUGACUUUUCUAUUGAAUUUCCUGGUUUUCUUUUUUUUAACAAAAGAACAGAAAAGAAAAAAAAACAGCAAUUUGCAGCAUGCAAUCCACGCACUAUUUAUAUAAUCAUGGGGGGGGGGUCAGUUAAUCAAAGGGGAACAGUGGGGGGUUUCGGGGGAGAGGGUGGAGAAACGGCCACCGGGGGUGGGGGUGGGGGCAAAAUUAAUGAAGGUUAAGAGGGAAAGGGGAUUCUGCACUUGGUUGAAGCCCAGGGGUAAUCCACCCUUGAUUACUUUUUAAGUCUUGUGGACUUCAACUCCCAGAAUUCCCCAGUCAGCAAAAGCCCAAGCCGGGCUUGGGAAUUCUGGGACUUGAAGUCCACAAGUCUUAAAAGUCACCAUGGUUGGGACCUCUCGGCUUAAGCCGCCUGCAGGUUGCUUUGAACGCAAAUGCUUUUCCUACACUCUUCACUAAAGCAACCCAACACCCUUCAUUAAUAUGGGUCUGCAUGUGUGAUCAAUACAGCAGCAAAAAAAUAAUAAUAUCCACGAUGCUUUUUGGGGGGGGCGGGGGGGGUGCUUAAUCACAUCCUGGUACUGAGAUGACUCAACCAUGUUUGUGGCUCCUGAGUGCCAAGGGGAGGAUCCCCCCCUCUCCCCAAUGACUGGAACUCCUUCCCUUUCUUUCCACUCCCCCCCAUCCAGAUUUCUCACCCCAAAAUCGGCUCUUGCCGUUUUUUUUUAGGAAGGGCCCAGAAACGGAAAGCUCCCCGCAUUCGGUGGCGAGCGAUGGGGCUUGUAGUUCAAGGGGAUUAGGAGGGAAGGGGUGGGGGGCUGGUUUAUAAAAGAUUUCCCUCCGCCACCCCUUCAAAAAAUUUUAAAUACUCAAUAAACGUGUUUUUAUGGUCUC